CAUUCAAGUAGACUUAAUGUAUCAAGUUGGUCACCAAACUCAAAACGGUAUCAAACAGGUCAUUUAAGUCGGUAAUAUGUACAUCUAAAUAAUUUUUCCAAACAUGACUUAACAACAGGUGAUGACGUGUCAUUAAUAAUCUGAUGUGGCACAUCAUUAAUAGAAAUUUAUAUUAUGUGGAGGAUGUAAAAAUAAAAGUGAUAAAAAAUUUAUAUAUAACAAUAGACAGUAUCGUUAUAUAACUUGGGGUGAAAACCCUAAAUCACUUGCUUGUGUUUCAGUUGGAGUUUAUCGUGUAUAUCUCCUUCUGUAUCAGGUACGUUGAAACGUUUUUUUGUGUAUAUGAACCAUGUCAAGUAAGGUUAGUUUAUAUAUUCAUCAUCAUGGCAAUUUUGAUACUUCUAAACUCAUGUAUACUGGUGGAGUAACAAAUAUGGUUGAACUUGAUAUUGAUGAAUUAUCAUUUAGAGAUUUAGAAGAUUUUGCUAAGGAUUUUAAGUAUGAUAUUGAAACCUCUAUUGUUUAUUUUAGAACAAAUGGCCGUGAUUUCACUGAUGGAGCUUCGAUUGUGUAUGAUGAUGCAUCUGUUAGAAAGUUAACUGAUGUAUGUAUGCCAUAUGGUAGAAUACAACUUUACGUUGAUCAUCUUAUUAGAGAUGUUGAUUUUGAAAAAAAUCAUAAUCAAACCGAGAUUUUUCAAAUAUCACCAGUACUAAUGGAUGAUGAUGUAGAAGAUAGUGAUGGAGAUUCAGACUAUAAAAUUGAGACGGAGACAGACUCAACUGAGAAAUUAUGUGAUAACUCUGAUUUUCCUAUUAGUGAUGAGGAAGAAAUGGCUUGUAAAGAUCAGUCUAGGCUUUUGAAGAAGAAAUUGAGUAAUGCCUCUAUUAGAACAGAGGUACUGAAAAAACCUAGGAGAAAUGAGUUAGUGAAUAGGACUAGUAGUGGUGAAGAUAGUUAUAAUAGUCGUGAAUUGAGGUCAUUAAGUAGUUCUUCUGAAGAUGAAAUUAGUAAAAAGGGCUAUAUUGGUGAUAAUUUGGUGCAUGUGAGGAAGAGAAAAGAGAGACUACAUACUAAAGAAAUGCAUGCAGAAGGUAGCAUAAAAUUUCAUGUAGGAAUGAGGUUUUUGUGUAUGCAAGAAUUCAGAACACUUGUUAGGGAGUAUGGAGUGAAAGAGAGAAGGGGUAUUUAUUUUGCCAAAAAUGAUGCUUUAAGGUGUCAAGUCAUCUGCGAAGAAAACUGUCCAUUUUAUAUUUGGUGUUGCAAGGACAAGAAUUCAGAAAAUGUGAGAAUUAAGACUUUGAUUGAUGAGCAUUUGUGCACAAAGCCUUAUCACAAUAAACUUGCAACUGUUAAGUACCUUGGACAGUUGUAUGGUGAUAAAAUUAGAAAAAACCCCCAAUGGAGAGUAAAGGACAUGAUUGAAACAAUUAAGCAUGAUUUAGAGGUGGAGGUUCCUAGAAUUAAAUGUAUUAGGGUGAGAAAAGCUGCCUUGGAGGGAGUUUAUGAAUCUUUAAAGGAUCACUAUGCUAGGGUCUAUGAUUUUGGUUAUGAAUUGUUGAAAAAUAAUUCAAAAAACACGGUCAAGAUUAUGAACACAAGGUUGAAUUUAGAUGAUGAAGCAAAAUUUCAAAGAAUUUAUAUCUGUUAUGAGGCUUUGAAGCAGGGAUGGAAGGCAGGUUGUAGGCCUGUUCUAGGGUUAGAUGGUUGUUUUUUAAAGACAAUUUGUAGAGGACAAUUAAUUUCAGCCGUGGGGAGGGAUGGCAAUGACCAGAUGUAUCCUAUAGCCUUUGCUGUGGUUGAAAGUGAGAAUACAGAGUCAUGGAGAUGGUUUUUAGAGUUGCUUGGAGAGGAUCUCAACAUUGGAGAUGGCUAUGGCUUCACCAUAAUUUCUGAUCAACAGAAGGGGCUUGAAAUUGCUAUGAGAGAGUACAUGCCUUAUGCUGAGCAUAGGUUUUGUACUCGACAUUUGUAUUCAAACUUCAGAAAGAGGUUUCCAUCUCAACUAUUAAGGAGGGCUUUCUGGACAGCAGCUUGUGCUACACAUCCUGUACAACAUCAAAAGGCGAUGAAGGAAAUACAAAAACAAUCAAAACCUGCAUAUGAACAGCUUCUAAAGUUAGACCCUAAAGUUUGGACUAAAUCACACUUUGGUACUUCAUCCAAGGCAGACAAUGUUGAAAAUAACAUGUCCGAAAGUUUCAAUGCAUGGAUUAUCAUCGAAAGGUUCCUUCCUUCACUAAACAUGAUACAAGAUAUACAUUUCAAAUUGAUGGCCAGAAUUACCAAAAAAAGAGAGGAGAUCUUGCAUAAUGAUUUCAUUCUAUGUCCAAGAAUCAAGAAAAAGCUUGAUUGGAUUAUUACAGAGUCCAGAAAAUGGGAUGCCACAUGGGAUGGAGCCAAAAAAUUUGCUGUGAGACAGGGGACUUCUACUGUCACUGUGGACCUUGUUAACAGAACAUGUGAUUGUAGAGUGUUUCAACUGACUGGUAUCCCUUGCCCACAUGCAGUUUCAGCCAUUCAUAGUAGCAGACAACAACCUACAGCCUUUGUUUCUAACUACUAUACAAGAGAAAAGUAUUUACAGUCAUACAGCUACCCUUUAGAAGCACUCAAAGGUGAGGAGUUUUGGGAAUUUGAAUCAAAUCAACCACUUCUACCCCCUGACAUUCCAAAGAAGCUCAGGGGUAGGCCAAAAAAAUUGCGAAGGAGGGAGGAUUGGGAAGGGGGAAACAAGACUAGGUCAAGUCAGGUGACAGCAAGUCAAGUGGGAUUCGAGGUUCAAAGGUUUGAUGGGAGGAGGGUUAUGCAUUGUAGUUUAUGUGGGGAGGCUGGACAUAGAAAGAAUAAGUGUCCUAAUCCUAAAGGUCCAGCUAAAGAAACCAACGAUGAUAGGGGAAAAGCAGUUCAGAAGGAAGGACAACAAGGUGAAGAGUCAAACAACAAGCCAAAGAGAGCAUACAAACCUAAAAGAAAAGCUAAUGUAUCAUGGAGGAGUAACAAGACUGCGCAGAUGGAAGCCACUGAAGAAGAUAUUGUCUAUAGAGCCGAACAUAGUGAUGCAGAUGAUGAACAAGAAGGGAACUAUAUUCAACGAAGACAGAAGCUGACUGUGAGAAGGAGGCUUCCUGUUAGUCUUCAAGAGGACUAGUUAGCCAUAGUCUCGAGAAAGAAUAGUUAUCUUUUGAACCUAUAUGAACGACUUUGUUGCUUGUGAUGAAUGGUCUGAACUUAUAUUUAUAAAAUAGUUGUUAACUUGU